AUGCCUAGUGGAAAAGCUCCUGCAAUUGGAAUUGAUUUAGGAACGACCUAUUCCUGUGUUGGUGUGUUCCAGCAUGGAUGUGUAGAAAUAAUUGCCAAUGAUCAAGGCAACAGAACAACACCCAGCUAUGUUGCCUUUACAGAUACUGAGAGACUGAUUGGUGAUGCUGCGAAAUCCCAAGUAGCCAUGAAUCCUGAGAAUACCAUCUUCGAUGCAAAGAGACUUAUUGGUAGAAAAUAUGAUGACCCAAAGAUCCAGCAAGACUUGAAGCACUGGCCUUUUAAAGUUAUCAACCACGGAGGUAAACCUAAAAUUCGAGUGGAAUUCAAAGGCGAAGCGAAGCUCUUCAACCCAGAAGAAAUAAGUGCUAUGGUACUAAUCAAAAUGAAAGAAACUGCAGAAAUGUAUCUUGGCCAGAAAGUCACAGAUGCUGUCAUCACAGUUCCUGCUUAUUUUAACGACUCUCAGAGACAAGCUACGAAAGAUGCUGGCAAAAUUGCGGGACUGAAUGUUCUCAGAAUUAUCAACGAACCUACAGCUGCUGCCUUGGCUUAUGGACUGGACAAAAACCUACGAGGGGAGAAAAAUGUCCUAAUCUUUGACCUAGGUGGUGGAACCUUCGAUGUUUCUAUUUUGACAAUUGAUGAAGGGUCCUUAUUUGAAGUAAGAUCUACUGCUGGUAAUACUCAUCUAGGUGGUGAGGACUUUGACAAUAGAAUGGUCAACCAUUUCGUGGAAGAAUUUAAACGUAAACAUCGCAAGGACAUCAGAUCUAAUCGAAGAGCUGUUAGAAGAUUAAGAACUGCCUGUGAGAGAGCAAAGAGAACCUUGUCGAGCAGCUCAGAAGCGAGUAUUGAAAUAGAUGCCCUCUUCGAAGGAAUAGACUUUUAUUCUAAGAUAACUAGAGCAAGGUUUGAAGAAUUGUGCAUGGAUCUCUUCCGUUCAACAUUAGAGCCAGUAGAACGUGCUCUCAAAGAUGCCAAGUUAGACAAAAGUAGUAUCCAUGAUGUAGUAUUAGUUGGCGGAUCCACUCGUAUUCCUAAAAUUCAGAAGCUGCUUAGUGACUUCUUCAAUGGAAAAGAACUGUGCAUGUCUAUUAAUCCAGAUGAAGCAGUGGCUUAUGGAGCAGCAGUACAAGCUGCAGUCCUAACUGGUAGUACAGAUGACAAAAUUAAGGAUGUACUAUUAGUUGAUGUAGCACCUUUAUCUCUAGGCAUUGAGACUGCUGGUGGAGUAAUGACAAAAAUCAUAGAAAGAAAUUCAAGAAUUCCAUGCAAGACUUCUCAGGUAUUUACAACCUAUUCUGAUAACCAGCCUGGUGUAGAUAUUCAAGUCUACGAGGGUGAAAGAGCCAUGACAAAAGAUAAUCACCUCCUUGGGAGAUUCCAGUUGUCCGGAAUACCACCUGCACCAAGAGGUGUUCCACAAAUUGAAGUCACUUUCGACAUGGAUGCUAACGGAAUUCUCAAUGUUUCUGCUCUCGACAAGAGUUCCGGAAAGUCUCAGAGUAUUACCAUAACCAAUGAUAAAGGAAGGCUCUCUAAAGAAGAGAUCGAAAGAAUGCUCAACGAAGCUAAGCAGUAUGAGAAAGAAGACCAAGAACAAAGAGAAAAGGUAGCCGCAAGAAACAGUCUUGAGAGCUAUGUGUACUCAGUGAAACAAGCUGCUGAUUCUGCACCAGAAGACAAAUUAUCAUCUGCAGACAAAGCCAAAGUGAAAGAAUCCUGUGAGAAUAUUAUUCGAUGGCUAGACAAUAACACUUUGGCGGAAAAAGAUGAAAUAGAACACAAAUUGAAAGAAGUGCAAUCAGAAUUAAGUCCAUUAAUGACAAAAAUACAUCAAGCAGCCAGUGCUUUUAAUCGUGCAGGAAGUGGAUUUAAUGCCAACCAGCAAACAACUGCAGGAUCUGGCGGUCCUACAAUUGAAGAGGUAGAUUAG